AUGUGGCCGCUCAACAAACGGAGGUGCGGGUUGGAGGGUCCUGAAGUGGUUCAACGACUAGGUGGCUGCUCAGUUGGAGACGUUUGCCCGCAAAUGAACACCGCUGACGCGGUCACGGGUCAAGAAGAAUCAGAGAGAGAAGUUCGUUCGAAACGAAACGGGCGAGGUGCUUUGGUCAGCGCCCUACGAAACGAAUGUGCGCAUCGAGGAAAGAGUUUCUUUCAGAGUUUUGUGAAGGGAAUGAAAAUCCGUGAUCCCACAACUUUCUCGAGUGAUAGCAACGGUCUGUGUUUGCGCAGGUAG